AUGGGUGCGUCGGACAGAAAGAACAGUAAGCGUAAGUCUCACGUCAAUGUCAGACAAAAGAAGCCGCAAAGAAGAGAUUCUAUUAAAGAUGCUACCAAAGAUCUUGUUGAAGAGAAAGAUAAACAAUUGAUCACGAUCGGCUACAACGAUUUAGUAGCAUGUUGCUCGCCAUUUGUCAUCCCCGCUAGCUCACAGAUUAAUGACCAAAAAUAUUCGCAUGAGAUCAACCUAUCCUUGUUGUAUGGGGAAACAGCUAACCCUGCUUCCUCCUCAUACAAAUCAACGCAAGAGGUCUCCAAACAAAAGUUAAUGAACAGUUUAAUAGAAUCUAUGCAAUUGCUCGACCUGAUCCCUGGAAAGUCGCUACAUAUCCAAACUCCUCGCUCCUCCUGUGCGGGUCUCGAUUACUCCGACUCCGAAGAGGUUGAGCUGGACGAUGAGGACGUUGAUGUGGAGCAUCGCCUAGCCCAAAUGGACAUCGACAUCAAAGAUCUGUUUGAUCCGCAGAUCAGUAUCAUGAAGGCUCCGCAAGAGUCGCUGGGUGUUGUUACCCACGACGAGGCGUUUGAUUCUACUCCAAACGGGCUGGUCAUUUUCUGA